CUCCCUUGUAACCUCAUCAGCAAGAUGGCGGCCUCUGGCACCUUCAAGCAAGAAAUGCCACCUAAGGGUGGCUAUAAGCCAAUAGAUUGGCAGCAGCGAAUACCAAGAGCAAUGUCGGGACCUCGUAUGCUGCUAGCAGCCUCUGCUGUAUGGGGUUUCUUCAUGGCAAAGAAAAUGUAUUUUCACAGAAUGUUUAUGAUGGACGAGAGAGAGAUGAACGACUCCAGGGUUGCCCUUAUACCAUUUUACCUGGCAGAGAGACAGAGAGAAGAAAUGGUAAGGUUUAGACAGAACCGUGACUACGAGAACGAGCUUAUGAAGGACGUUGAUGGUUGGGUGACAGGAACACUGUUUGGAGAGAAAGUUUAUGUGGAAGAUGACCGGUGCUAUGCCCCCGGGGGUGUAGAGUAUUUUCGCUCAUAACCACAAGCUGACCUUCCAAAAAAAUUAUUUCAAAAGACUAUCAAGAUAUUAGAUGUGGUAUUGUACAGUGAACAAUUAAAGACUUGCAUAGUGAAAAUCAAUUAUUAUCUGAAUACAUGAGAAAAAGAAA